UCUCUCUCUUUUUGUUUGUUUGUUUGCAAGGUAGAACCUGCAAUUGUUGCCCAAUCCUCUUUAUUUUUAUUGUGCUGCACUGUCAGAAUAUAAACUUGAAUUCUCUGACAAGACCACAUGUAUUCUAAUGUUAGUAGCUCUACUUCGCAGGGGACUAGUUUUUUUUAUUAUCUAGAGACUGGGGAUUAAACUCUAGAUCUGUGGGGGGACUAGUUGUUUUAGAAAGAUAUAAAACCUUUAAACAGUUCCUACCUCUCUCUUCAGCCUCUUAUUGUCUAUCUCAGAGGAAAUGCUGUUUUGGUCAUCUUAUGUUUUUGCUAAUCUGUUAAGCUUAUAUCCCAAGACGGAUAGAUAAAUACAGCCUCUGCUGAUUAAAAGAAUCUCAAGUCAAAAUCUUUCCAGUGGUUAUCAAUUCUCAGAUGUAUACUGCUAUCUUUGAAUUUCACCACGGUCUUUGAAGAGGUAUCCAGCAUGAAUGCACUCACACCUAGAAAUGGGGUAAAAAGCUAGAAGAGCUUUUAUCACAAAUCAGAUCACCAAGACAGGUCAUGCAAAGGAAUUAAGAUUGAUGACAAGAAAAAGAGAUUCUUGCUGCAUGGCAAGCCCCCAGCAAGCCCCAAAAAUAAGGCAGGGAGCUCCCACCAAGACAAAUGAAGUGAGGACUGACAAUCCCAAUCCCAACAACCUUUUUGGAUGCACUAAAGCUCAGAAGUAGGGCAAGGAAGAUGAAGGUGUUCUCCUUUUGCGCACCAGAAGAGAUUCAAUCUCAAAACAGAAUGCAAUAUUUGAUCCCUAGAAACUCUGAUUAAUAAACUCUUCCCUGCUCCAUUGCCAUGUACGUGCUUAGGGCAGAUGUAUGAUGUUAGUGCAUUUCAAUGCACUUUUUAUUUUUUGACAAAUUUGAUGAGAGGUUAUAUAUAAGAGGGAAUAAGUUGAGACACCCCUU